AUGGGGUCAUGCACUGGUUUGCGGGGAACAAGAGCGCGUGGUGGGCAUGCUGUAAAUGCAGCAGAGAGGGCAUCACCAGGGGUUGGUGGUAUGGGCUGGUGGAGGGGAGCAGUUGAGAGGUGGUGGCAUGGGCGGGGCAGAGAGGAGGGCACGGAGGAGGAGGGGGGGGGUGGCAGGCGGUGUGUGGUGCUGGUGACAUGUGAGGACACGGGGUGUGGCAUCGCAGAGGAGGAGCAGCGCGACGUGUUUCAGGCGUUCAUGCAGGUAUCGCUGAUGGGGGGCAGCAUAGGGCUGCUCAGCACAGAGGGUCACGGCACCACCCUGCACGUCGCGCUGCCCAUGCCUGUUGCUGCUGCCACUGCUGCCGCAGCUGUGUGCGGUAGCUUCAGUUCCGGCAGCGCCAAUGUUUCGGGGCCGCAGGCGAUCUGUGCGGACGACGAAGCAGCUGCCUCAAGAGCAGUGGGGACGAAGAGUGCGAGGGAUGGUUUGAAGGAGUUGUUGCAGGGCAAGGCAAUUCUGCUGAUUCAUGCACGUCAAAGCAGGAGACACAGGCCGUCUCCCUCUCCGCCUUCAAUCUCCUCUGCUCUCACCCCCUCUCCACCCUGCUUGCACGUGGUGGACCACAGCUCCAUCCACCACGCCUCCGUUGUCAACCCCUCUCUCAAGCUCUCCCUCUCAAUCCUCCCCUGCACCAUGCACCAGGUGAUGGACCAUAACGCCAUCAACCGUCCCACCAUUUUCACCCUCUCACCACCCCCCCUCUACCCCCCUGUGCUACCAGGUGGUGGACGACAACUUGAUCAACCAUCGCACCGUUAUCACCCCUCACCACCCCCUCUACCCCCUUGUGGUGGCCAGGUGGUGGACGACAAUCUGAUCAACCAUUCUCAGCCCCUCUGCAUCCCUAUCUGUACCCUCUCUAUCCACCAGGUGGUGGCAGCGAGCACGCUGGCGCGGUACGGGGCGGAGGUGGCGCUGGCAGAGUCGGGCGAGGCGGCGCUGCGCCUGCUGCAGGCAACCCACUCCUUCCACCUCGUGCUCAUGGACCUCCUCAUGCCCGGCCUCGAUGGCUUCCAGACCACCGCCGGCCUGCGCGCUCUCGAGGUUGCUGCUCACAAUGCUCAGAGAGGGGUGCAAGGAGGGCAGGGGGCACAGGGGGAGCGGGGAGCACUGGCUGUGCACAAGGGGCAGGGGGCUCAAGACGUGCAGUGCAUGCCCAUGGUGGGGGAGAGUGGGGUGGGGGGUGCGUUUGGGGGCUGGCAGCGGCAGCAGCGCGUUCAUGUGGUGGCCAUGUCAGCAGAUGUGGACAGCACUGUUGCCGCCCAUGCAGCAGAGGUUGGCAUGGAUGGUGCCGUGCAAAAGCCACUCAAUGAGAGAGUGCUGCUGCAGGUGCUCUCAACACUUCAUGGUUUGUAA